AUGUCCUCAACCCCUGCACCGCCAGCGGCGGCGUCGGUCUCAGAGCUUCUGACGCUGAUAAUAACCACAUCGCCAACUCCGUCCGCACCUUCCACAGAACUCUUGGAUGCAGUCUUCAAAUCAAUCCGCCUUCACUGCAGCGACCUACUAUCCUGUCGUAUCAUUGUGGUCCUGGACACGUAUGAACGUAUCGGAGAUGUACCGAGGUUGAAGAAGGGCCAAGUGACGGAGAAGGGCGCGGAGGAGUUUGCAGAGUACAAAGAUAACGUCAAGAAGCUCGUGCUAAGAGAAUACGACCAACAUGAGACGCUUGGCGAGUUGACUCGAGAGCAAGGGGAAGCCGAAUAUGGCUACAACGGAAGAGCGGCAACCGUAACGACAAAUUCGGCGACGUUCACCGUAAGCCGGACAAAGGACCUUCGCAUGUCUUUCGUGGAGCCGUCGGAGAGGCUCGGUUUUGGCCUGGCGGUGCGGACAGCCUUGAGAAUCACGACAACACCGUACGUCUGGGUCCAUCAGCAUGACUGGACGCUCGUCUAUGACAUUCCAGUGGUGCCAAUACUAGACGUCAUGAAGACGCAGGACGCAGAUGAGGAGAGCCCGGUGAAAUAUAACGUUGACGAACAAGCUGAAGAGAAUCUUUACGUCAGAAUCACAUCCCGGGACGGAGGUGCCGUUGACCCCUAUGUUCUUUUGGCAUGA